UUGUAGCCCGUUGGUACUGCACUCGCCUCCCCUGGAGGAACAACUAAACUUGGGGGAGUCGGCAGCCACUUUGGACACUGUCAUAGUAAUCGAAUCUGAUGAAGAGGGUUUGGAUGGCCACUCAGACGAAAUACCAGCCUCUAGUGACGCUGCUGGUAGUGAUGCCGCGGCCACCGCUGCACAGGCAACUAAUCAGGGGUCGCCCUUCCCUUUAGACAACCUGCAGUUACCCUCGGCCUUUCUUUCUGAAUCAGAUGACGAUGCUGACCUUGGGGCUAUUGCACCGAUUGAUCCAGCCAGCCAGGCUGAAAUUUGCGAGUCGAUAAGAUCUUACACUGCCUCUGUUGCCCCUUUAAAUCCAGAUGUUCGGAAGUCCGAAGAAUGCAUAUCCUUGGACUGCGACAGCGGAGACAAAGAGGAAAUCGUAGACAGUUCGCGACGGUCUCCCAGUGCCACAGUGCCGUCGACGCUUGUCUCAGAAAUGUCCCCGGUCAGUGGCACCAAAAAAGGUGACAAUGAGCCACGCUCUGAGAUUUCUCUUCUUGAUUCCGAUCGCGAGAAUGAGACGGAGAGGCAGGAAGCAAAACCACCGUCACCGCCAGUUAGUUUGCCUUUGCAUGCUGCCGCCGUCGACCCUAACGGAGCUACUGUUUCCCCACCAUACCGCGAGGAACCGAGGUGA